AUGGAUUUGGUUGUGGUGAUAGUAGUGUUAAGUUUGGUUUCUGUAGUUAUAUGGCGCUGUCUAAUCCCAAGAAAUCCAUCUUUUACCAUUGUAAACAUAUACUUUCCUUCUCUAAAUUCUGAGAAUUCUUCUGUUGGAAACUCUUCUCUAAUACUUUUCGAUUUCAAAAUCUCGAAUCCUAACAAAGGUAUUAGCAUAUACUAUGACGGGAUCUCCUUGAGUUUAUUUUUCAAAGAUGUCUUUGUUGGGACAAGUUCUACACCACCAUUUUAUCAAGGACACAAGAACGAUACUUCAUGGAAAAUAACUAUUAAAGCUGACUCAGCCGUGGUCCACCGAAAUUUUCAGCAAGGACUAAGAGGUUGA